UUUGCCACGGGACUGCCUGCGGUAUGGCUGUUUAUUGCAUUCCUCAAUGCUUGUGGCACCACAGCCACGGCCUAUCCAUACACAGUCUAUCGCGGUACCUUCAUUCAUCUUCCGCGUCUGAAUUCUAGCUCGACGAAGCCAGAGCUUGCCAGAAAUCAAGGUGUCUUGUGGGUUUCUGCUGCCGAUGGCCGUAUCAAAGGGUAUGAUUGGCAAGUCGUCGAUGAUGCCAGCUUUCAAUCUUUCCUAUCAAGCCACGGCUGGACAGAUGCCAACGCCUCGUCCAAGAAACAUACCCGUUCAUCCACGCAAGUUCAGGUUGUGGAGUCCAACGAUGAGCGAAACGAGUUCUUCUUUCCUGGAUUCAUCGACACCCAUAUCCACGCACCACAGUUCCCCAACAUCGGACUGUUUGGGUCAUCAGGCCUCUUGGAUUGGCUGAAUGAAUACACAUACCCAGUUGAAAGCAGCUUCGGCUCUAAAUCAGACCCAAAAAACCAGGAAACAGACCCCAAAGACACACCACCCGAGGGUCUGCGCGUCUAUGACGAAGUUGUCGCUCGAACUCUUGCCCACGGAACAACGUGUGCUUCGUACUUUGCCACCAUCCACGUCCCGGCUACCAAUGCACUCGCAGCACUUUGCCACUCUCACGGUCAAAGAGCCUUUAUCGGACGCGUCUGCAUGGACAACAAAGAUGAAUGCCCAUCUUACUACAUCGAUCAAUCUGCAGACGAGGGUUUCAACGCAACAAAGUCGACAAUUGACUAUAUCCAGACCCUAGACCCGAACGGAACAUUGAUCAACCCAAUCAUCACCCCCAGAUUCGCUCCAAGCUGUUCCAACCACUCCCUUGAUGGUCUCGGCAAGCUAGCCGCAUCCUACAGUCCACCCCUCCACAUCCAAACACACAUCGCCGAGACAAUCGACGAGAUCGAUCUCGUCCAUCAACUAUUCCCGGAAGCGGCCAGCUAUGCUGAUGUCUACGAUAAGGCUCAUCUACUUACGAACCGCACCAUCCUCGCACACGGAGUACACCUUACCAAAGACGAGCGCACUCUCAUCCGCGAGCGCGGCUCAAAAGUCGCGCACUGCCCAGCCUCAAACUCUGCCCUAGGCUCCGGCCUUGCCCCUGUCCGCGUUUUACUCGAUGAGGGUCUCACAGUCGGACUAGGCACGGACGUUAGCGGUGGCUACAGCCCCAGUAUCCUUGAAGUUGCACGACAGGCUUGCCUAGUAUCCAGAUUGCUUCAAUACAGCGCCGAGUACCAAGCGAUGACAGGCAAUGCGGUAUCAGAUGGAAGUGAGAAGCUCUCUGUUGAGGACAGUCUCUACCUAGCCACGCGCGGUGGAGCGGCAGUCGUUGACAUGGCAGAUGAUAUUGGUGGCUUCGAUAAGGGAAUGAUAUGGGAUGCUCAGCUGAUUGAGCUGGGUGCUGUGACAAAUAGCACUGUGAACCCGCUGGAUGUUGCUAGUGCAAAUGUUCUUGCUCAUCGCAGUGUUGCUGAGUCCGGUCCUGUGGGUAAUGUUGAUUUGUUUGGGGAUGAGACUUGGCAGGAACAGAUUCAGAAGUGGAUGUGGAGUGGUGAUGAUAGGAAUGUGAAGAACGUAUGGGUUCAGGGAAGGCUGGUGCAUACCAGAGAGUAG